UAAGAAUGGACCCUAAAAAAUGCUAGAUUUACAAUGCGAAAUGUCACAGUCCUGUGUUUACUCUGUGGAACCUUGACACUUGGGAUCUUGACAGCUCUGUUAUAUGUACAUUUUCACCGUGAUCAUGUGAGCAACUGGCAGAAGAAAACCCAGGCACCUGCAUCAAUUUGGAAACUUGAUAAAAAGUUGCCACAGCAAGCUAUCCACAGCGCAGGGCAAAUACCACGCUCAAGGCAAAUACCAGGACAACAUGUAAGAACUGAAAGACCUAACAAAGAUCAAACUAAAGAAUGGCGUCCAUUUUUUAAAUUAGAUGAGAAUUUUAACUAUUCGGACCCAGAAUUUCUUCAUGGGAUUUUACUAUAUGGACUUAAUACCAUUAUCAGUAAAAGCUUGGGCAAUCAGAGACAUGUGCCAGAUACCAGAGAUAAAAUGUGUCUUAAAAAACGCUACCCAACCAGGCUACCUUCUGCCAGCAUUGUCAUUUGUUUCCACAAUGAAGAAUUCAACACCUUGUUUCGGACAGUGUCCAGUGUCAUGAACCUCACUCCACACCAGACCCUUGAAGAAAUUAUCUUGGUAGAUGACAUGAGCGAAUUUGAUGAUUUGAAAGAAAAACUAGACUAUCACCUGGAAAUGUUUCGGGGAAAGAUUAAAGUAAUAAGAACCACAAAGAGAGAGGGGCUGAUUCGCGCCAGGCUGAUUGGAGCGGCGCACGCUUCAGGGGACGUGCUGGUGUUCCUGGACAGCCACUGUGAAGUGAACAGAGUCUGGCUGGAGCCCUUGCUGGCCGCCAUCGCCAAGGACCGCAAAAUGGUGGUGUGCCCCGUGGUGGAUUCCAUUGACCACCUGACACUGAACUACUAUCCCGCUCCCAUUGUAAGAGGAGCUUUCAACUGGCAUCUGCAAUUUGUAUGGGACACUGUUUUCUCUUAUGAGAUGGAUGGGCCAGAAGGACCCACCACACCCAUCCGGUCCCCUGCAAUGUCUGGAGGAAUUUUUGCUAUAAAUCGGCAUUAUUUUAAUGAGAUUGGACAGUACGACAAGGAUAUGAACCUCUGGGGAGCAGAAAAUUUGGAACUUUCACUAAGGAUCUGGAUGUGUGGAGGCCAGCUCUUUAUACUGCCCUGCUCUCGAGUAGGACAUGUUGAUAGAAAUAUUGUCCAAAAUGUAACCCAAGUUCUCAAAGCCCUGAGAUAUAACAACCUCAGACUGGUACACGUUUGGCUGGAUGAAUACAAGGAGCAGUUUUUCUUACGAAGACCUGAUCUGAAAUACAUCCCCUAUGGAAACAUUAGUGAGCGUGUUGAAUUAAGGAGACGAUUGGGCUGCAAGUCAUUUCAGUGGUAUCUGGAUACUGUCUUCCCAGAACUGGAGACAUCUCUUCAAAUGAAAGCAAGUAAUUUUCAUUAA